CCGAUUUGGAGGCGCAGACGAGGCAGCUGACUGCCUAUCCACCGCCACGCAUCGCCGUCGAGGCCUGCGAACGCUGCGUGACGAUACUUCCAUCGCUGCGGCGCCAGCAGACGAAACCGCAGCAUCUCCAGCCCAACUCUAGUCCCACAGCGAGGCCCUUUGCUGGCGCUAAACGCCGUCGACGCACCCAACUCUAGUCCCACAGCGAUUGCUGGCGCUAAACGUCGACGCACCCAACUCUAGUCCCACAGCGAGGCACUGUUGCUGGCGCUAAACGCCGUCGACGCACCAUGGGCAAGAAAGAAAAGGAAGCGGACAAUGAACCACCUCCAUUGAAUCUAAAUAUCGGCGUCAUGGGCCACGUCGACAGCGGCAAGACGUCGUUGGUCAAAGCGCUCUCGACGACGCUGUCGACGGCAUCCUUGGAUCGGGCCCCGCAAAGUCAAGCAAGGGGCAUCACCCUCGACUUAGGCUUCUCAAGUUUCAGAGCACCGCUCCCAGAACACCUAGAAGGUGAUGGCGAUUUACAGUUCACCUUGGUGGACUGCCCGGGCCACGCGUCACUGAUACGAACCAUAAUUGGCGGCGCCCAGAUCAUCGAUGCGAUGGUUUUGGUGGUGGACAUCAUCAAGGGCGUGCAGCCCCAGACCGCCGAGUGUCUCGUGAUUGGCGAGAUCACGACACAUGACCUGAUAAUAGCCCUGAACAAGGUGGACCAGAUCUCAGAAGAGGAGCGACCAGCUGCUAUUGAGACGGCGACGAAGAAGUUGAGGAGGCAAUUACAAUCGUCAAAGUUCCGGGACGCGCCCGUCGUCGCGUGUGCGGCCUGCGUCGGCGGCGAAAAGGUCGCGGCGGUCGGUCGGAGCGAGCUCAAGAGCGAGUCCAUCGGGCUGGAUGAGCUUGUUGCUACAUUACGGAAAAGGGCGAGGGUGCCGAAGAGGGAUACGGACGGCCCGUUCUUCUUCGCUAUUGAUCAUUGUUUUCCGAUCCGCGGCCAGGGGACGGUGGUGACGGGCACGGCGCUGCGGGGCCAGUGCAGGGUCGGCGACAGCGUGGAACUCCCCGCGUUGGGAUUGGAAAAGAAGGUCAAGUCCAUGCAGAUGUUCCGGCGGCCGGCCAAGGCCAUAAGAUGUGGCGAUAGAGCUGGCCUAUGUCUCGCGCAGCUCGACGCCGCGGCGAUAGAACGAGGCGUCGUCGCCGCGCCGGGAAGCGUCCCGGGUCUGACGGCGGUCUUAGCUCUCGUGCGGAAGGUGAGGUUCUUCCGGGGAAGGACGGAUACGGAACGGACCUUCCACGUCACGCUGGGCCACACGACGACCGUCGCGACGGCCUAUUUCUUCGGGGCCGCUGAGUUAAACGAUACGGCCGUCCCGAAAUUCGACUCAGAGCGAGAAUACGUCUACCAAGAAAAACUAGAAGAUAGGUUGCAGUGGUGCUUGUUGAAAUUUGAAGCUAAAGUAAGGUGUCAAUUAGAUGCGUUGGUCAUCGGGUCCCACUUGGAAAGCGACGCGGCCAUGGCCGACGCGUGUCGGAUCGCGUUCCACGGUCGACUCGUGGAACGGGCCGAGGGCGACGCUAUUGGGGAGAAGAUUCGACUCUAUAAGCUGAAAAGAAAAGUAGGGUUGGUGGCGAAGCUCGGGGACCCCUGUGUGAGUACAAAUGGGGACAUGGGUGUUAGAGAUGUCGUCGGCAAGGACUUAUUUGCAAGGGAGACGAACAUGGCGCAGUUCGUCGGGUGUAGUACAGUGUCUUGUGUCUCUUCGCGUCGAUGGCGUCUUCAUGAGACGACGUCGCCUCGACGCCGUCGACGCGCCACAUUGAUCACCACGCAGGCUCCGGAUCCAGGCCGAGACGGGCGAGGUCGGCAAGCUGUCCUCGGCCUUUGGCAAAGGGGGCAAGUUCCGCGUGCAGUUCGAGGGCCCGACGGACGUGCAGCCCGGCGGUAGACUAUAUUUAGUAUACAAGAAGUACGCCUUUUCGUCGUCGAAGGCGCUGCACCAGGACGACGACUGCGUUGUUCCUGCUGAUGAAUUAGUAACGCCAGGCAAACCUCCGAAGAAGAAAGUUGUCGAACCGCCGCCGCCGCCACCGUCGUCCCCGAAGAAGACGGAAGAUGUGCGCGAGGGCCUCGUCGAGCGCCUCAAGGGCGACCCCCUCGACAGCGGUCGGUACCGGACGGUCAUCGUCGAGGGCCUCUUCACGGCCGAAGAGGACCAGAAGCAGUUUGUUGGUAGGGUCGUGACGUUCGCGAACGGCGACGAGGGCGUAUUAGCGGGGCCUUUUGGGAAAGCGGGCAAGUCGAAAGUGGAUGUGGAAGGGGCGGGGACGGAUGCCGCGGUGGGUGCAUCGGUGACGCUGCGGCUGCCGGCGCGGUGAGGUAUUUAUUUGGUUUAAAUGUUUUAGUUUUAACUCUG